AUGGCGCAGGUGCAGGUACCGCAACAGCAGGCUGCGCCGGUGGUGAGUGCUGGACCAGCAGUGAGCCAGUUCCCGACGACGUCGCUGUAUAUUGGGGAUUUGGAGGCGAACGUGACGGAUGCACAGCUGUUUGAUAUGUUCAGCCAGGUUGGGCAUGUUGUGUCUGUUCGUGUUUGCCGUGAUAUCAGCACCAGGAGGUCGCUGGGGUAUGCCUAUGUCAACUACGGCAAUCCUGUUGAUGCAACGAGGGCAUUGGAAGUGCUGAACUUUACUCCCCUCAAUAACAAGCCAAUUCGUAUCAUGUUUUCAAACCGUGAUCCUAGUACUCGUAGAAGUGGUGCUGCUAAUAUAUUUAUUAAGAAUCUGGACAAGGCAAUAGACAAUAAAGCACUCUAUGAUACAUUUUCCGCCUUUGGUAAUAUUCUUUCUUGCAAAGUUGCUACUGAUUCAUCUGGUCAAUCAAAAGGCUAUGGAUUUGUUCAAUUUGACCAAGAGGAAGCAGCAAAGAAUGCGAUAGAUAGGCUUGAUGGCAUGCUUAUGAAUGAUAAGAAAGUUUAUGUUGGACGAUUCCUUCGGAAGCAGGAAAGGGAAAAUUCUGUUGACAAAUUAAAGUUUAAUAAUGUAUUUGUCAAAAAUCUUUCAGAAUCUACUACAGAAGAUGAUCUGCAAAAACUUUUUGGUGAAUAUGGUCCUAUAACUAGUGCUGUUGUAAUGAAAGAAGGUGAUGGAAAAUCAAAGUGCUUUGGUUUUGUCAAUUUUGUGAACUCUGAUGAUGCCGCCCGAGCUGUUCAAGAACUUAAUGGGAAGAAAUUUGAGGAAAAAGAGUGGUAUGUUGGGAAGGCACAAAAGAAAUCAGAAAGAGAAAGAGAAUUAAAAUCGAGGUUUGAGCAGAAUAUAAAGGAGGCCGUAGACAAAUAUCAAGGUCUUAACCUUUACUUGAAGAACUUGGAUGAUAGCAUUACUGAUGAGAAACUUAGGGAAUUGUUCUCUGAGUUUGGCACAAUAACUUCUUGCAAGGUUAUGCGGGAUCCUAAUGGUAUAAGUAGAGGUUCUGGAUUUGUUGCUUUCUCUACUGCUGAGGAAGCUUCCCGAGCUCUUUCUGAAAUGAAUGGGAAAAUGGUCGGUAGCAAGCCUCUUUAUGUUGCUCAUGCGCAGCGCAAAGAAGAUAGGAAAGCUAGGCUGCAGGCGCAAUUUGCACAGAUGCGCCCUGUUGCCAUUCCAUCAUCGGUUGCUCCUCGCAUGCCAAUAUAUCCAGCUGGUGCUCCUGGGAUUGGUCAACAACUGUUCUAUGGUCAAGCCCCACCUGCUCUCAUACCUCCCCAGGCUGGAUUUGGCUAUCAGCAGCAACUUAUUCCAGGGAUGAGAACUGGAACAGCUCCCAUGCCAAAUUUCUAUAUGCCAUUUGUCCAACAAGGUCAGCCUGGCCAUCGCCCAGGAGGCAGGCGUGCUGGUGGAGGGCCAGUCCAACAAACACAGCAACCCGUGCCACUUGGUCAACAACAGAUGUUUCCAAGGGGUGGGCGAGUUUACCGCUAUCCCGUCGGCCGCACCAUGCCUGAAAGUCCUAUGACAGGUGGAGGAAUGAUGUAUGACAUGGGUGGUCUUCCCGUCCGUGAUGGUGGCAUUUCACAGUCCAUUCCUAUUGGUGCCUUGGCAUCAGCACUUGCAAACGCAAACCCUGACAUGCAGCGAACGAUGCUCGGCGAAAGUUUAUAUCCGCUCGUGGAACAGCUCGAACGUGAUCACGCAGCAAAAGUUACAGGCAUGCUUCUGGAGAUGGACCAGACUGAAGUAUUGCAUCUGCUGGAAUCUCCUGACGCCCUGAAAGCGAAAGUUGCCGAAGCUAUGGAAGUCCUGAGGAACGUCGCACAGCAGCAGGCAAACACUGCCUCCGAUCAGCUGGCCGGAAUGUCUCUGAACGACGGCAUCGUUUCUUGAUUUUGUGAGAUCUUGAUCUUGGCAUUGUUGUGUUUGCUUUUUGAACCUUUAAGUUAUUAUGGAUUGACUUCUGUUUGCUUAAAUUAAACUGAACGUGUAUUAGCUUUGUUUGAAAUGUUUUGUGACCAGAUUACUUAUAUUUAUAUUUGUGUGCUGUAUUUUGUUUGAA